GUGCCAAUAUACAUUCCCUAUCCACUUUACUUUUUUUCCAAGAAGGUGUUUAGGUCCAAUCUUUUUUAAAAUGAUUAUGGAAAUCAUCCAAUAGUCUUUGCAACAUUCUGAAGUUGAUGCAACCAGAACAAUAUUAUCUUAAAAAAGGAAGACCUCAUAAUUUAGAGGGAAUGAGUUUGGACUUCAUGAUAGAUCUCUUUUGUUACAGUAGUAAACACUGUGCACAAGAAUAGUUAUUUCUUUUCCUGAUAUUAAUGAUUAGAAAGCUCAGUAUGACUACUUGUGAUUUUAUAUCUCUGAAGGAAUAUUGGUUGAUUUGAAUGUUUACAUGGGCUAAUUUUUCUUCUUUAUAUUAAUUUAUGCUACAGAUCUAUCUUUGCAAUCAUGAGAUAAAGAUUUAUAAAAUAUCUUGGGAAAGUUUUAAAAAAAUGAAAUGUUUGAUAUUACAUAUCACAUACAAUGGAUAAUUGAAUAUAAAUUUCCAUUCAAAUAUAUUAAUAUUAUAUUGACAAAUGUGUAAAUUGGCAAAGAGAAUAACAUUUUCUCAUCUAUGCUCUAUGAUAUAAAUAAAUAUACAUUCCAUUUCUCUCAAUGAGUCACAAAACUUCUAAUGAACCAUUCAAAGUUUUUGAUGAUCCUCUUUACUUUUUUUAAUGUUAAUUUUUGAGGGGUGACAAAGAGAUAAGAAUUUCCAAAGAUGAAGGACUUAGCUAACUCCCUUGAUAUAUCUCUCUCUAACUUCUAUUCAUUCUGUUGAAGGGUAUUUGGAGUCUCUGAAUUUUCUCCCAGGAUUGAUGCUCAUAUUCCUCUCAAGUUGUUGCUGUGGUUCAGUCCUUUUGGUCAUGUCCAACACUUGGUGACCCUAUUUGGGAUUUUCCUUACAAAUAUGGUGAUUUACCAUUGCCUUCCCCAGCUCAUUUUACAGAUGAGGAAUUAAGACAAAUAGGAUUCAGUGACUAGUCCAGCGUCAUUCACCAGACUUCAUAUUUGGACUCAGGAAGAUGCAUCUUUCUGACUUCAGACCCACCACUCUAUCCACUGUGUCACCUGUUCACCCCUCUCUCAAGUAAAAUAUUCUAAUUGUUUUCCUUCAAAAUUAUUUUUACCAACAGUGGAUGACACAUUCUGCUCUUUUCAGAUUUACUUAUUUCUCUUGACCCUCAAAAUAAUGGGGAUGAUAAAUGUCAGCAAAGGAGGUGACUUUAUCUUGGUUGGUUUUUCUGAACAGCCCCAGGUAGAGAAGAUCCUAUUUGUGGUUGUCUUGAUCUCCUACCUAUUGACCCUGGUAGGCAAUACAGCCAUCAUUCUGGUCUCCUGCCUGGAUCCCAAACUUCGUACUCCAAUGUAUUACUUCCUCACCAAUCUCUCCCUCGUUGACCUUUGCUUUACUACAAGCAUUGUACCCCAACUUUUGUGGAACUUAAGAGGACCAGCAAAGACCAUAACUCCUGUAGGCUGUGCUAUACAACUCUAUGUUUCCUUGGCAUUGGGCUCCACUGAAUGUGUUCUCCUUGCUGUCAUGGCAUUUGAUCGGUAUGCUGCUAUCUGUCAGCCUCUCCAUUAUGCUACUGUCAUGCAUCCAAGACUAUGUCAGGCCCUUGCAGGUGUGGCAUGGGUAAGUGGUUUGGGAAAUACUCUGAUACAGAGCACUAUCACCCUUAAUCUACCUCUGUGUGGGCAUAGGAAGCUAUACCAUUUCAUGUGUGAGGUACCUGCCAUGAUCAAGUUGGCAUGUGUGGAUAUUCAUGCCAAUGAAAUUCAGCUUUUUAUGGCCUCCUUAAUCUUGCUUCUUCUUCCACUGGGAUUGAUCUUAAUCUCCUAUGCACUUAUUGCCCAGGCAGUAAUAAAAAUCAGGUCAGCCAAAGCUUGGAAGAAGGCUCUGAGAACAUGCGGGUCCCAUAUUUUGGUGGUGACCCUCUUCUAUGGCACCAUCACAGCUGUCUAUAUUCAAACCAAUAGCUCCUAUGCCCAUAGGCAAGGGAAGUUCAUCACUCUCUUAUAUACAGUGGUGACUCCUACACUCAAUCCCCUCAUUUAUACUCUGAGGAACCAAGAUAUGAAGGGUGCACUGAAAAGGCUGUUAAGAAAAGAUCUAAACUAA